AGGAGAGGCAGCAUCAUGCUGGGUCCCCACCUCCCACCUCCACCCCGUGGACUCAGCGAAGACAGGCCUACCCCCUGCACCUUCCGGAUCCCUGAUGGGAGCUACAGGUGUCUGGCCUUGGAGGCUGAGGAGAGCAGCAGCGAGGAGGGCCUCCAGGGAGAGGCAGGGCUCGUGAACUUGGAGGAGGACAGGAAUGGGGACAACUCGGCUUGCAGAGCCACCCAAGGAGCACCAGAGCUGCCCAAUGCCCUGGGCAUCCAGCCACCCAGCUGCUUCAGGGAAGCACGACGGGGGCCCCAGCAUGUUAACAGGGCCAGCCAGGACUGGGACGUGGUGAAGGCUCAGCAGGUGGUGACAGCCCGCUCCAGCUCCAGGCCCAGCCCUGGGUCCAGGGUUGCCCAGAAACCAGCCUUGGGCCCGAGCACUAGCCUCACUGAGAGAGAUCUGAAAGAGGCGAAGGCCCGGAGUCAGCAGAUCGCAGCCCAGCUGACCACCCCUCCCAGCUCCAGCUCCCGCGGCGUCCAGCUCUUCAACAGGCGGCGGCAGAGGGUGAACGAGUUCACCUUGGAGAACCACGGCCGGAGGGGACAGAAGCCCAGCCAGGAGUCCCUCCGAGUGCCCCCUGCCAGCCCCACAGGCUAUGCCUCAGGGCUCAGCUUGAGUCCCACCUCACUCCCUGAACCAGGCCCUCCGAGGAACGCCGACAGCCAGAGCCCUGACGUAGGGGUCCCUGCUCACAGCAUGGAGGGAUGCUCGGAGAAGGCCAACUUGCUGCGGCACCUGGAGAAGGUGGCCAGCGAGGAGGAGGAGGUACCCCUGGUGGUUUAUUUGAAGGAGAACGCAGCCCUGCUGACGGCCAACGGACUGCACCUGUCCCAGAACCGAGAAGCCCAGCAGAGCCCAGCAAGCCCGCCGACGGCUGAGGUCCACAGCCCGGCUGCAGAUGUCAACAAAAACGUUUCCUCACUCAGUGCCACCCUCAUCGUGCCAGCCUCUAACAGCACCCACAGCCUGCCGGCCACAGACAACAACCAGAACCCCCCGGCACCUGUCACCCCACAGAGCCUGCCGCUUCCAAACAGCGAGCAGCCCUCGGAGGCACAGCUCCCUCCCAAUGGCACGGUGUCAGAUCCCAAACCCGGCACCCUGUGUUCCGGCGGGCAGCCCCCGGAGCCGGCUGCGGAGGUGAGAUGCAGCACGCUCCUAAUUGAUAAGGUGUCAGCUCCACCGACCACCACCAGCACCUUCUCCAAAGAAACGACUCCCCUCUCCAGCUCCGGGACCCCAGCCCCAGAUUUCAUGUCUAGCUCCCUGCUCAUCGAUAUACAGCCCAGUGCCCCAGCGGUGUCAGCAGAACAAGAGACGUCUGGGUGGGCGGCCACGCCCACGCCCGCCAAGCUAUACAGUGAGGUCCACUUCACACUGGCCAAGCCCCCAUCAGUGGUCAACAGGACCGCCAGACCCUUCGGGAUCCAGGCGCCAGGGAGCACCAGCCAGAUGGAGCGGAGCCCCAUGGUAGAGAGACGACAUCUCGGGGAGAAGGCCCUGGCUCCCCAGCCCUCCAGCAUGGCAGACAGGAGCCCUCGGCCACAGAGACACGUGAUGUCCCAUAGCCCCAUGGUGGAAAGGAGGUCUGUGGCACAGCGAAGCCCUGCCUUGGAGAGACGCCCCUUGGGGAACUUCACCCCACCCCCCACCUAUGCCGAGACCUUGUCCACGGCCCCCCUGGCUUCCCGGGUUAGGUCUCCCCCGUCCUACUCUGCCCUUUACCCCAGCUCUGACCCCAAGCCUUCUCCUCUGAAGGGCCAGGCAGUUCCUGCCAGCAAGACGGGCAUUUUGGAGGAGUCGAUGGCCCGCAGGGGCAGCCGGAAAUCCAUGUUCACCUUCGUGGAGAAGCCCAAGGUGACCCCAAAUCCAGACCUGCUGGAUCUGGUACAGACGGCCGAUGAGAAGCGGAGGCAGAGGGACCAGGGGGAGGCAGGCGUGGAGGACGAGCCCUUCGCGCUGGGGGCCGAGGCCUCCAACUUUCAGCAGGAGUCAGCACCCCGGGACAGGGCCGGCCCUGCGGCGGCCGAGGAGAUCCUCCCGGAGUGGGCCUCGUGCCUCAAGUCACCGCGCAUCCAGGCCAAGCCCAAGCCCAAGCCCAACCAGAACCUGUCCGAGGCCUCCGGGAAGGGGGCUGAGCUCUACGCCCGCCGCCAGUCCCGGAUGGAGAAGUAUGUCAUCGAGUCCUCGGGCCACGCCGAACUGGCCCGCUGCCCUUCGCCCACCAUGUCCCUGCCUUCAUCCUGGAAAUAUUCCACCAAUGCUCCUGGCGCCUUCCGAGUGGCAUCCCGGAGCCCAGCUCGGACCCCGCCCGCCUCCCUCUACCACGGCUACCUGCCUGAGAACGGGGUCCUGCGCCCUGAGCCCACCAAGCAGCCGGCCUACCAGCUGCGGCCCUCGCUCUUCGUCCUCUCGCCCAUCAAGGAGCCUGUCAAGCCCUCACCGAGAGCCGCCUCUCCUGCCAAGCCGAGCUCCCUGGACCUGGUGCCCAGCCUCCCCAAGGGGGCCCUCCCGGCAUCCCCGGCCCUGCCUCGGCCCUCCCGCUCCUCACCGGGCCUCUACAGCUCCCCCGGCCAGGACGGCCUCCAGCCCACAGCCGUGAGCCCGACCUACAGCAGUGAUAUCUCCCCCGUGUCGCCCUCCAGGGCGUGGUCUCCCCGCGCCAGGCAGGCCCCCAGGCCCUCCUUCUCCACCCGGAAUGCUGGGAUCGAGGCUCAGGACCGCCGGGAGAGCCUGCCCACCUCCCCGCCCUGGACGCCGGGCGCCUCCCGGCCCCCCAGCAGCCUGGACGGCUGGGUGAGCCCGGGGCCGUGGGAGCCGGGCCGGGGGAGCAGCAUGAGCAGCCCCCCGCCGCUCCCGCCGCCGCCGCCCAUGUCUCCCUCGUGGAGCGAGCGCUCCGUAUCCCCGCUGCGACCCGAGGCCGAGGCGCGGCCUCCCAGCCGUCAGCUGCAGGCCCUCCUGGCGCGAAACAUCAUCAACGCCGCCCGGCGCAAGAGCGCCUCCCCGCGGCCGGCGGGCGCCGAGAGCCUGCGGCCCUUCUCCCCGCCCGGGCCGCCGCCGCCGCCGCCGCCGCCGCCGCGCCUGCGCUCGCCGCAGCCCUCCCGGCCCGGCCCCGCCGCCGCCGCCGCCGCCGCCCCCGGGGCCACGUUCGCCCCGAUCCCGCGGAGCCCGCUGCCCGCCGGCCCCUCGCCCUGCGCCAGCCCCCGGAGCCCGCUGCCCGCGACGCCCAGGCCCUUCGCCUACCGCCGGUCGCCCACGGACUCCGACGUGUCCCUCGACUCCGAGGACUCCGGGGCUAAGUCGCCCGGCAUCCUCGGCUACAACAUCUGUCCCCGCGGGUGGAACGGCAGCCUGAGGCUCAAGCGUGGCAGCCUCCCCGCCGAGGCCUCCUGCACCACCUAAAGCCUCGCCCGCUCCCGCUCCGUCCCCACCCCGGGAGGGCUGAGCCAGAAGAAGAGUUGUGGGGCUUGGUAGAUCCCAGCACCACGUCCGGGGGGUGGAGGGGUGGGGGUGGGGGGCGGUGAGGUCUGGCCGCUUUGGACAAGGGGUAAGGGGAGGCGUGCUCUGGGCUUGGGGCUGGGGUAGUGAUCCAAGCUUGGGUUCUAGCCCUUAUUCUUUCAUUCAGUCAUUGUGUGGCCCUGGGCAAGACCCUUCCUCUGUCCGACCCUCAGCCUUCCCAUCCGUUUAAUAAGACUUGGAGCAAGGCCAUCUUCACAGGUCUAAAUUUCCCCUCCCCUCCCCAUCAAUACACACACGCACACACGCACCCACACACACCUGCCCUGAAAGAGUCAGGGUAUUGUGUGUAUGGACCCCUAGACUCGCUCUGGUUCAGGGUUCCACAGUCCUCCCUCCCUUCCUGGCUCUGCUCUCUGGAGUCUGGCAAAUGAGGGGUGUGUUCACAAGAUCCUAGGCCUCAGUCCCCUGCCUGGGCCCUGGCUUGACCGCCUGCCUCCCUGGCACCAAGUCCCAGGCAGGAGCAGCUGCUUGCCACCCCUUCCCAGACAAGCUCUAUUUUUACCAUGGUGACCUUUAGAGAGGUCUCCCAGGCCAGCUCAAGGUGCCCUGCUGGCCCCUCGGGAGACAAGAGGUGGAAAGAUUCCUCCUCCCAGGUCCCUCUCACGCUUUUCCAGCUCUGGCUUAGGGUGUCAGGGCCGCUUAUCUGCCACCAGAGGGGAAAGCUGGAAGGUGAUGACUUAUGGCCCCGGCCCCAGGACUUGGGCCUCCAGGAAUACUGUAGGUGCCUCCAACCCAUCUAUCUCUUCUCAGCCCUUUCAUGGCAGGUUCCAGGCUCAACGCUGAGCUGGGGGGAGAAGAGUUGAUAUGGAGCUAUCUGCUCGCCUGUGACUUUACCUAAUGGUCCUGAGUUUGAGGUUGGCCACUUGGAAAAGGGGAGGCAAGAGUUCCUUGUUAUGGGAGGUAUUCAAGCAGUAGCCAGGAUGCAUAGAGGAGAUUCUAGUAGGAAGUGGAUUGGCUCAGAUGACCUCUGAGGGCUCUUCCAGUCCUGAAAUGCAUUGCAUGGGGUUAGGAAGGGAGGCAGUUGGUGGUGGAGGACUGAUUGGGCAGAAUUUGGGGGCAGAUGAGCAUGGGUGGGUGAGGGAGGGGUUAGACUAGUCCGCCUGUGUUUCUGGCUCCUUGGGAAAUACCCCAUGCUUCAGUUUUAGGCCUCAGUAUCCAUAUCAUGCCCAGAUGAGUGGGCACUGUUCUGCCCCAUCUCUUUCCUGUUACACUCUGGCCUAGCUAGUGCCUGGUGCCCAGUGACCUUGAGGAGCCUGGCUGCAGACUCUGGCCUGUCCCUUAGACCUGGGUGGUUCUCAUUCCAAUCCCCAGGAGGGACAUGGGAAGAAUGCGGCUAAAUUCUAUAGCUUCCAAAGUUGGCUGGUGGUGCCCUCUAGAGGUUCAGAAUACCAGCUUCAGGAUACUAAGCACAGAGGAGGGUGGGGAUGGGGCACUGGACUUGACUGAGGAUCAAAGAGAUGUAGGAUAAAAGAUUAAGAGAAAGGAUACCAGGAUGUUGCUAACGGUGAGGGACUGAGUGUGAUUUGGGGUUAGGGGUAGACUUACCCACCCAGGUGGGUAACAUCAGGUGAUGUUAGACCUGAAACCCCCACAGAAGGCUAGGGAAAGCUGGGGUCGGGGUGGGAGAGAGUCAGAUGGGGGUCUUUGAAAUUAAGGAGUGAUCCCAGAGGGUGCCUAGGGCCAAAGGAUUGGGAACACAGGCCCUGACAGAGGGAAGAUAAGGGAGUAUUCCUGCUUGGUCGAUGAUGGUUGAUGAUGAAGUCCCCAUCUGCUUCAGGGUUCCUUUGUAGCACGGGAGACUGGGGCUAAGGGCCCCUUUCACAGAAGAGACGCUCUCAGGCCACUGGUUGAUGCAGUGCCAUAGAAAAUCCACUUCUGCUUGCAUUUCCCCAAAGAGCCAGCAGAAGGCAGCCCUGGAAAGCUGCGUUUCUGCCUGGCUGUUCCUGUCACUGUCUUCUCCCCCCAUCCUCCCCUCUAGCCCACUAGAGACUGCCUGUGUUCUGCCUCUUGCCUCCUGCAGAAUUCAUCUCUGGCCCUCAAUAAAUGCUUCCUGCAUA